UGAAGCCAUCAAAGACACGAUGAGGCCUCCACGUGUUUCCACUCGGGUCUCGGGAAGCCAAGAAUGCAAGAUGCGGGAGGCGCUGGGUGCGGAGUUAGCUCGACGACUUCAGAAGUUGGGCUUAGCAAGACAUCUGAACGCUGAACCCCCGUGGUGCCGCUGGACUGAGCACCAACCACACCCAAGCAUGGAUCACGCGGGACCCGGGACGCUCCCCCACCCCCAACCCAGCGCCUCCCCAGGAUCCCCAGAGCGCUACGCACCAAGAAGGCUGUCAGAUGGAGUUAGUCAAAGGGAUGCCAUUGACUUUCGAGCGCUGGUGACUGAAUUUCAGCCAGCUCGACCAAGACCACGAAGUCUUACUUACAGCCGCAGGAAGAAGUAAGUGCGAGUUGUUUGGGUUGAGCGCAGAGCCACGUGUGUACGGUCAUCCACAAGAAGGAAUUCUGAGUCAGUGGUCCUGGAAAUGUUAAGAUUGACAGUCUGCAGACCGAUCUGUUCUUAUGUUUGUCACAACGUUCCCAAACAACAACAACUUGGAUUUUUAUAUGUACACAUAAACUGUUAACCACUGUCACUCUGAACAAGAAAGGAAGAGAAAUUGUAUGCUUUUCUUGACUCUGAGGAAUUUUUUUCCCACGAUUAUAUUUAUAAUUCAGAAAGCCAAUAAAAGAAGCAAAUUAGAAGUUAGGUCUGUGUACUUGAUUAACUGCAGACUGCCGUAUUGAUAUUUAAACGUUC